CUCCUUUCGUAAGCGUAUUUCAAACUGUCCUCAAGAUCAUUCGGGCACAUGGAACAGCCCCUAGUGCCUGGAGUCUCCAAGCUGCUUUCACACUUUGUAGGCGACUGGACUCUGCUGAAUCUGGACACCGCAGGGAGCCCGGUCAUCUGAAUGGCCGAAAAGCUUCUUCAGUAAGCAGCAAUGCCAGGAUGCCUGUCUCAGUCUCCUUACAUCAAGAUGCAACCCAGGAGCGUCCAGUGAGCUUGGCCUCUAUCACCUCUUCGUCAGGCUCAUCCCGGGACAGUCAGGCCAUGGAAGAGCCAAAUGGAACUGGACCUGUGGUUGAGGGCGAGUCUGGCUCCCCCCAUGCCUGCCAUAUCCCCAAUAGCCAUAACAAUUCCAGCAGCUGGCUGAAUCUGAGAGGAUCCCUAAAAGGCUCACCAUUUAGCUCCCGGUCUACAACUGGGCCUGGACAUCACAAACUGAAUUACCUGGGCCGAGUGGUGAGGGAGAUUGUAGAGACAGAGCGCAUGUAUGUACAGGACCUCCGAAGCAUCGUUGAGGAUUACCUUUUGAAGAUCAUUGAUACACCAGGGCUGCUGAAACCUGAACAAGUCAGUGCACUCUUUGGGAACAUAGAAAGCAUCUAUGCACUAAACAGUCAGCUGUUGAAAGACCUGGACAGCUGUAAUUAUGAUCCGGUGGCUGUGGCUAAUUGCUUUGUAGAAAGGAGCCAAGAAUUUGACAUUUAUACCCAGUACUGCAACAACUACCCAAAUUCAGUGGCAGCCCUCACUGAAUGCAUGAGGGACAAACACCAGGCCAAGUUCUUCCGGGACCAACAAGAGGUCUUGAAGCACUCUCUGCCCCUAGGCUCUUUUCUGCUGAAGCCGGUCCAAAGAAUUCUCAAGUACCACCUCCUUCUCCAGGAAAUUGCCAAGCAUUUUGAUGAGGAGGAGGAUGGCUUUGAGAUGGUUGAAGAUGCAAUUGAUACCAUGACUUGUGUGGCCUGGUACAUCAAUGACAUGAAGAGGAAGCAUGAACAUGCUGUCCGACUCCAGGAAAUCCAGUCACUCCUGAUCAAUUGGAAGGGGCCGGACCUGACGACCUAUGGAGAGCUAGUCUUGGAAGCCACUUUCCGUGUGCAUCGUGUGCGGAAUGAGAGGACUUUCUUUCUCUUUGACCAGGCACUGUUCAUUACUAAAAAGCGAGGAGACCACUUCGUCUACAAAGGUCACAUCCCGUCCUCCUCCUUGAUGCUGAUUGAGAGCACCAGAGACUCCCUAUGUUUCACAGUCACUCACUAUAAACACAGCAAGCAGCAAUAUAACAUCCAGGCCAAAUCAGUAGAAGAGAAGCGUGCAUGGACUCAUCACCUCAAGAGGCUGAUCCUAGAGCAUCACCAUGCCACUAUUCCCCAAAAGGCUAAGGAAGCCAUCUUGGAAAUGGACUCCUAUUACCCUAAUCAAUACCGCUACAGCCCAGAAAGGCUGAAAAAGGCUUGGUCUUCUCAAGAUGACAUGCCCACACAAGUGCGACAGCAUCGGCGACAAUCUGAGCCAACCAAACAGCUUCUCAGGCAGCUUAAUGAGAAAGCAUCAAGGGUAUCGGGUCUCAAGGUAAGACCAAAGAGCGGACUGGAGAUGGGAUACAGGAUGGAACAGGGAAUGGGCUUACAGCAUGCAGGUAGCGCUGGAGCCCUCCUGGACUUUGGGCAGCUGCCCCUUACAGGGGAGCAGCAGUCUGAAGCCGAAGGGGCUGCUCAGGAGGAAGUGGUGGAGGAGGAGCAGGCCCUUCAGAAGGCCUCUCUGGAGGACCUGACUGUGAGCGAUGGCAGCAAGAAGGGGGCCAGGGCUGAGCCACAAGGUUCAGAGGAAGAGGAGGAGGAGGAGAGUCUGGUGGUAGCUGAGCAGGUAGCCGACUUUGCCAGCUCCCUGCUGGCUGCCCUCCACUGCUGGCACUAUCGAGCCAACGCUUUACUUUUCUCCCGGGGCGCUAUGGUUAAAGGCAAUGACGAAUAUGAAGUAGCCAAAGGCUAUAAAAGGCCCAGUGGCCAGUCUCUAACGAGCCCUGAGAAGCGCAUGAGCUUUGAGUCUGUCUCUUCCCUGCCAGAGGCUGAACCAGAUACAGACCCUGACACCAGGCAAGGGCUGUUUCCAGACGUGGAAGGUAAUAGUGCAGAGGUGAUGCAGUCAGACACAGAAUCACCAUGCAUCCUGGAAGAGCACCACCAAGAAGAACUAGGGUCUGAUCAUCCAGUCAAAAUGGUUGACCAUGUAGUUGCCGAGAGCACAGAGGACCUUAAAAACCUCAGCAGUGAGGAAGAGGAGGAAGUGACAGUGCCAGAGCCAGAGAGCAUUCUGCCAACAUCCGUGCUGGACCAGGCUAGCAUCAUUGCUGAAAGGUUUGUCAGCACCUUCUCCCGGCGCAACAGCCUGGCUCUGGAGGAUGGCAAGGCCAGUGGCUUUCUGACUCCCCGGCUGGUUAGUCGGAGUAGCAGUGUCCGGAGCCUUGAUGGCAUUGAGAAGGGGCCAGCCAUCCACUGCAGCACCACAGACUCACUCAGCUCCUUGCUGCCCCUAGAAGCAGACUUUGAUGGUGGGGUGACCCCAGAAAAUAGCUCUACCCUCAACAGGGUUGUGCCUCCAAGCCCCAGCUGCUCAGGAGAACCUGAAAGGUUCUUUAGCAAAAAGGAGGACAUGCUUUCCACCCGAGACCGACUGCUACUUGACAAGAUCAAGAAUUACUAUGAAAAUGCGGAACACCAUGAUGCUGGCUUUAGCAUCCGGCGCCGGGAGAGUCUUUCCUACAUUCCUAAGGGCUUGGUAAGGAACUCUGUGUUCAGGUUCAAUAGCCUUCCUAGGCCAGAACCUAAACCAGUGGCCCCUGUUGGGCGCAAAAGACUAGAUAGUUCCCGACCUGCUUCUUGGACUCUCUUUGAUCUCCCUGGACCAGGCCCAGCUGGUUCUAAGGAUCCUCCCCCCAUCACUGAUGCUGAAUUCCGCCCAUCAUCAGAAAUAGUGAAGAUGUGGGAAAGAAUGGAGUCCCCUGGGGAUAUCUGCAAGAACCCGGCAGAGAGGAACAAGAUGGAAUCAAGCCUGAGCCAGGAGAAUGGCUUUGACCUGCAUGAGCCACUGUUCAUCCUAGAGGAGCAUGAGCUGGGUGCUAUCAGUGAGGAGCCAGUUGGUUCCUCCCUAGAGGGCAUCACCCUCACUGAUCGAGCUGGCCCUGCCCAGCUGGCCAGGGAGCUAAAGGAGCUGGUAAAGGAGUUGAGUGGCAGAGAUGAAGAGCUACCAACUCCACUGCACCCUCACAUCAUGCAGCUCUCCCACAUGAUGGAUAGGGAUUUGACUGAGCGUGUCAAAAACAAGGUCUACCAACUGGCCCGUCAGUAUAGUCUCAGGAUCAAAAGCCAUAAGCCUACAAUGCCUCAGCGAAAAAAGGUAGAUCCAGAGCAAGAGAAGAAUCUGACCUUGCCUCACCUGCAGGAGGAGAUACGAGAGCCACCUUGCAAAGGUAAAAUGAAGCCAUUAUUGUCCCUCUCAAAUAACGAACAAGUGAUGGUCCUGGAACAUGGUCCCUCCAAGGCCUCCUCAGCAAGGGAGAAAUCACCUAGACGCUUCUACAGUCCUUCUGCUGGCUCAAAGGCCACCUCUCCUGGAGGCUGGACAUCUAACCGCAGUCCCCUCAGUCCUGUUGACACAGAAACUUUCCACUGGCCAGAUGUCCGUGAGCUCUGUUCAAAGUAUGCUUCCUAUGAUGAGGCUACUCAAGCUGGACGAGGCCAGCGCCAAGGCCCUCCUGUCAACCGGAGCCUCUCGGUACCAGAAAAUAUAAUGGAGCCAACCCCAGUGGGGAAGGUGAGUCGCUGUUACAGCCUAAACACCCAUACGAGUAGAAGAAGCCAAGAGAUAACCCAGCCUCAGCCUCAUAAGGAUCCGUUUUUACUUGGCUCCUCCCAAAUGCCAGGGCAGGAUGUAGAUGAAGCUUUAUACCUCACAGCAGACUUGACCCUGGAAAAUAACCGGAGAGUCAUUAUCUUGGAGAAGGGGCCACCGCCACUGGUAGGUGAGGAAGAGCAAGACAGCUAUGUGCAAAUCCAGUCCCCCACCUCCCAGGAAAAGAUCUUGAAGGCAACGGUAGAACGAGGCAAGGCUUACCAAGAAUCAGAGGAGUUCCGCUGGCAAGGAGAGGGGGGCUGGGGCUCUCAACAAGUAGGCCAAGGGGAUACAGCUGAUAUGGGCCAACAGGGCCGAGUGAGAAACCUGAGGGAAAAAUUUCAGACCUUGAACUCAAAUGGUUGAAUUAGGCUCCUUGGGAGUGAGAUGGGGAAGUGCUGCUGGGAUGAAGGAAGAGCUAUACCUGUGCGUGAUGGACCUUCUCAAACUUCCCUACCUGCAUCCCAACUCCUCAUAAGCCUCGACUUCCCCAAUCUGCCUGCCUGUCUUCUGACACCAGAUUGUUUGGAGUAAACCUUUGGCAGUUCUUUGCCCUCUGUCUCUCUUCUCCCUUCUAAGCAGGCACUAGUGCUGAUGGUAUCUUUAGCACAUGCUGUGGCCUGCUGCCUUGUGCUGCUGGCUGAAAAGCUCCCUGGGGGAUGAGACCAUUGUUAUGCCAGGAGAACCGGACUCUAUGCUGUUACAGUCAGAAGCCUGUGUGGGCUACUUCUCUUUUAUGUUUUUCUCUUUUGGUAUAAGACCAGAUAUUUAAGCUCACUUCUCUCCAGGGAGAGGUGCCCACAGGCCAUGGUCUGCAUCUUGCCAGCCACUGCCAGGCUGAAGAGUGUACCCAGAAGAAAAUGUGGCUCAGAAGCACUUCCUUUAUCAAAUGCUCCCAUUCCAAGCAUUCAGGCAGAAAACAGAAGUCUGGGACUUGAACAAUAAUUUAUUACUUUCCAUCCUGUGGGGUGUGUAUGUAUGUGUGUUUGUGUGUAUGUGGUUUUUUGGUUUGUUUCCUCCUUCCCCUUUCCUAUUUUUAAGAAUGUAAUUGACUCAGUCCAGGUACUUUUGAGGGUUGCUUUGCUGACCCAAUGGUUGUUUCUAAUGUACACACAUUUUAUCCCUUGCCAAUGGUGCAAUAACCACUGCUGACCAGCCAA